UUAUUCUAAACAAAAAUGCCAAAGUUAUUUGAUGAUCAGGACAGUUCAGGUGCGGAAGAGGAGUUGAAAAUUAACGAGGAGUACGCUAAAAAUUACGACAACUGGAGAAAGAAAGAAGAAUUACAGAAAUUGAAAGCAUCUGGAGAUAAUGUAAACCUUGAUGACAACUCUGAUGAAUCUACUUCAUCAUCUGAAGAUGAUGAUGACGAUGAAGAAAUAAUAUCAAAAGAACUUGAUAAAGAUUUUUUUAAAACACUUGCCUGUCUAAAAAAUAGAGAUCCUAGAAUUUAUGAUCGUAAUGUCAAAUUUUUUAAAGACCACGAAGAAAGUGAACAGGCAGUGGAUAAAUCAAAAAAAACUAAUAAAAAAGAGAAACCUAUGAACUUACGAGAAUAUAAUAAUAAAUUAUUAGUUGAAAAAGAAGGAAAAUUAAGUGAUAGUGAAGAUGAAGAUAAAGAAAAGAAGAAAAAUGAAAACGUACCUUAUGUACAACAAAUAGCUACAAUCCAAGAAAGUAUUGGUAAAGCUUUACAAGAAAUAGAUGAAAAUGAUGAUGGUGACGAGAUAAUAAAACAGAAAAUAAAUACUGAAGAAGAUAUCAAAGAGGAAGAUCAUGAUAUUAUUGAUUUCUUGAAAGGAAAAGAAAUUAAUAUCAAUGAGGAAGAAAAAAAAGAUUUUGAACCCUUACGCAAUUACUGGAAUAACUCAAACUUGGAUAAAAGUGAACAAUUUUUGAGGGAUUAUAUUUUAAAUAAAAAGUUUUUAGGCAGAAACGAUGAUAAUGAUCAGAAAAAUGAUUUUGAUGCUCAUUUAAACUUAUCUGAAGAUGAAAAAGACCUCAUUAAACAGGAAGAAUUUGAGCAUAAAUAUAACUUCAGAUUUGAAGAACCAGACCAAGAGUUUCUCAAAAGGUAUCCACGCGUUUUAGAGAACUCCAUGAGAAAAAAAGACACUCGUAGAGCUGAUAAACGAGCAGAAUUAAAAAAAAGGAAGGAGGAAGAAAAGAUGCAAAAAAGAGAAAAAUUAAAAGAAUUGAAAGUUCUAAAAAGAAAAGAAAUUGAAGAAAGAUUAGAAAAAUUAAAAGAAAUCACAGGUAAUGAUGAUAUACAGCUUAACAUGGUGGAUUUGGAGGAAGAUUUUGAUCCAGAUGCUUAUGAUAAGAAAAUGAGACAAGUUUUCAAUGACGAUUACUAUGCUGCAGCAGAAAACGAAGAUGUAAAACCAGAAUUUCCAGAAAUUGAUGAAGAACUAUGCAUAGAACCAAAUUGGGACAAUUAUGAUCCACAGAACGAUGAAAUUGAUGAGGAAAGUGCGCCACACAAUAAUGAACCUCAUUGUGAAGAUCCUGAUUUUAAUAUGGAUGCUGAAUAUGAUGGUACUCAAAACUUGCAAGAUAAAAUAAUUGAAUCAACUAAAACUAAAAAACGAAGAAGACGCAGUAAAUUUUCAGAGCUCAUAGCAAAAGAGAAACCUAAAUUUGAUCCUAGUCAACAUUCAUCAUAUAAAGAAUACUAUGAUCAGUAUUAUGCACUUGACUAUGAGGAUAUCAUAGGUGAUAUACCAUGUCGAUUUAAGUAUAGAGAAGUUGUACCAAAUGAUUAUGGUCUGACUUUGGAGGAAAUUUUGGCUGCAGAUGAAAAAGAAUUGAAUAGAUGGUGUUCAUUAAAAAAAGCUCUACAAUACAAACCUGAACAUGUAGAAAAGAAUGAUGUUAAGUUGUACCAAGAAAAAGCUAAAAAUGAAUAUCUGAAGAGAAAAAUUUUAAAAAGUUUAUACAAAGAACCUGAAGAAGAAGCUGAUGAAAUUUUAGCACCAGGUACAAGUAAUAACAAGGAAAUACAUAAUUCAACCAAAAAAAGUGAAAAAGAAAUAAAAAAAUCGAAAGAAAGCUCAGACAGCAUUGACACUAAUAAUGAAAAACAGCAGAAAUCAAAAAAGAAACGCAAAAGAGAAUCAAUAAACUCUCAAAUUAAAACAGAGGAAAGUUCAGGAACAAAUACUGUUUCUGUUGAAGAGCAAACAAAUUCAUCUAAAAAAUUUAAGAUAGAAUCAAAAACUCAUAGUAAAGAAGAAGAAAAAACAUCCAAUUCAAAUACUGCUAACAAUAAAAUACAAGCUAGUUCAAAAAUAACUGAUCAAGAUGGAAAUAGUUUCAUGAGUAAAAAAGAAUUGAGAAAACAAAAAUAUAAACAACUUAAUAAGAAAUUCAAUAAAAAAGAACAAGCUGAGGGUGAUCUACAUUCCUUAAGUGAAGAAAGAUUAAAAGCUUAUGGAUUGAAUCCUAAAAAGUUCAAAAAUAAGAUGAAGUACAUGAAAAAAAAAUUGUAGUAACUGAAUAACUUGUAUACAUGUAGAUAAAAUUUGUGUGUAAUGUAAAUUGUAUGUAAUGCUACUGAAUAAUUAUGUAUUAAAAAUAAGCAAUA